AUGGCGCCCUUCUCCUUCCUCUUCACCAUUCUUCUUUAUGCUCUUACGGCCAGCGCCACAGCCUUAGAAGCUCGCGCGUCAGCCGUCCUUCCCAAAGCAGGAUCUCUUGAGCACGUCGCCGAUUUUGGCUCCAACCCAACCAAUGUCGCUAUGUACAUUUAUGUUCCCAAAAAUUUGGCAGCGAAGCCGGGCAUUGUCGUUGCCAUUCACUAUUGCACAGGAACAGCACAGGCAUACUACACCGGCUCUCCAUAUGCCAAACUGGCAGAACAAUACGGCUUCAUAGUCAUCUAUCCCGAGAGUCCCUACGAAGGCAAAUGCUGGGACGUGAGCUCGAAAGCGACUCUGACCCACAAUGGUGGUGGAAACAGCAACUCCAUCGCCAACAUGGUCUCCUGGACACUGAACCAAUACAAGGCAGACAGCAGCAAGGUGUUUGUGACAGGUAGCAGCUCAGGCGCGAUGAUGACGAAUGUCAUGGCAGCCACAUAUCCCGAGCUAUUCGCCGCAGCUACCGUCUACUCUGGUGUAGCCGCCGGCUGCUUCAUGUCCGCCACCAACCAGGUCCACGCAUGGAAUAGCACCUGCUCGCAGGGCCAAUCCAUCGCCACGCCUGAGGUCUGGGCCGGCGUUGCAAAGGCCAUGUAUCCGGGAUAUAACGGCGCACGGCCUAAGAUGCAAAUCUAUCACGGUAGUGCCGAUACAACACUGCUCCCGGAGAACUACAAGGAGACCUGCAAGCAGUGGGCGGGCGUCUUCGGGUAUAAUUACGCCGCUCCACGCAGUGUUGUAGAAAAUACACCCGAGGCCAAGUAUGAGACCACCACUUGGGGUGACAAGUUGCAGGGUAUUUAUGCCACUGGUGUGGGCCACACGGUGCCAAUUCAUGGGCAACGGGAUAUGAUCUGGUUCGGUUUUGCCCACUGA